AUGAGCGUCGAAUUAUCGCGCAAUACAACACGAAUCAACCCUAGGUCACAAUCAGGAGGUGAAUAUGUGGCUCUUCAGCAGCAACCAAAUUUGCUUAGGAAAAGUCCAGAUGUCCCAAACAUAUCAUUUCAAAGUAAGGUGAACGAGAAGUGGGUGAUUGAGAUAGCAUGCUGUGUGGGGAUGCUGGCGACCUUGGCUUCGAUUAUUGGAUUUCUUCUGGCCUAUAAUAGAAAGGCCAUUCCAGACUGGCCUUACGGCAUCACUGUCAACACGGUGCUUUCGGUAUUGUCAGUCGUUCUGAAUGCCUGUCUCAUUGGCGCUGUGGGCGGCUGUAUCAGCCAGUGGAAAUGGAUCUCCUUCAACAGUACACGGAGACCUCUAACGCACAUGAAUACUUAUGACUCCGCGAGUCGAGGGCCUUGGGGUUGCAUAAUGUUUCUUUUCACGUCCAACCUUAGGUUUGUUCGCGAUCAUCUUUGUUUCUUGUCACGGUCUGCUAAUAAUUGGAUGUGCAGACAAUAUGCGACUAUCGGCGUGCUUGUUACAAUCUUGGCUGCUGGGAUCGGACCUUUCGUCCAGCAAAUGGUCAAGGUUGAGAACAACCGGAUCUUAUCUAAUGACCUAGCAACAUUAGCUCGUGCGCAGUCAUACUCAUACUCUCCAUCUAGCAGUACAGACGGAAAUGAACCGCCUACAGGGAUGAUCGGGUCAAUCUAUACUUCUGUGUUUAAUUGUUUAGACUCGGACUGCUCGAUAAACAGCUCCGACGCAUCAUAUUCCACAAUCCUUCCUUCUUGUCCAACCGGAGAAUGCGAUUUCCCUCGGUUCACAACUCUCGCCGUGUGCUCAUCGUGCUUUGAUAUUUCCCAUCUACUUUCAAACUCGACAAUGUCAUGCCAACGACAAACUGAGAAAAGGAGUCUGCCUUUGCAUGUCUAUUCACUCCCGAACGGCUUGAAUACAUCUUUCCGCAAUAACUGGAUGGACUCAACUUUUCUGAGAACCGCAACAGGAUCCUCAGCCUCGAAGAUGCGGUCAAUUGCUCAGCUCCCUAACUACGGCAAUUCUACCAUGAUAGACUUCACGGUCAUUAAGACUCAUUUUGGCGACGGUGGCGACGGUGCACCAGAGGUGAAUGCGACGCAAUGUUCUUUGUACUGGUGCACUAAGACUAUUUCAGCCCGAAUGAGGGAAAACAAACUCGAGGAAACUCAUCUCGAGACGCACAAAGACACAAGUGCCAGGUACCGAAGCAUCUUUCUCAGGUUGUCUCCACCUAAAGAUGACCCUUCCACAGAUUCGGACUUCUCAGUUAAUAGCAUUACUGGGCUUUUCGAUACAAAUUUGGAACGAGAAGACAAUUCGACCAGUUGGCUCGCAAAGAAGCUCAAUGUCAACAGUCUCUCGAUUAUCAAUUGCACCGCUGAAGACGACAGUAAAAUUUCAGUGACAGACUUCACGGAGACAAUGGCAUAUUUCCCAGUGAACAGGUUUUUCAAAAAUCUUGCGGCCGGUAUGACGAUCUCCGUUCGUCGAUCUGGAAGAGCAAGUCAGCAAAACAUGCUUAAAUUUGCCCAGUAUCCUAGCGCGGAUUCUGAUGGUGAAUCCGCAUACAAGAUAGGAUCUGCCUAUAAUGCCCCCCUGGAUGAAGGCCUGGGAGUUGUAAAUGGUACCUCAUACCGGCUGGAGACCCAAAUCGAAGUUCGAUGGGCGUGGGUCGCAUUUCCCGCAGUUUUGAUGAUCAUGGCUGCGGGAUUCCUCGUGGUGACGAUCUUACAGACAAGACGAAGUGGUGUUCCCUUGUUCAAAUCUUCUUCCAUCCCACUUGUCUGCUCCGGACUAGACAAUGAAAUUCAGGAAAGCCUUCGCCUUGUGAAUGAUCCUGUUGCGAAAGAUGAUGCCAGCAGUACUGUGAUGGCCAAGUUCGUCAAAAGCGACGAUAAGUCAUGGCGAAUGGACGCCGAGGCAAAGGAGAAAGAUCGUCAAAUGUGA